CAACAGAACAUGGGAAGCAACAUGCACAUCUUCUUCUUCUCCGACAAUGUACGUUCCUUCUGGCAAUACGUUCUUGCUUCGUCAAUUGAAAUUGAGCGGACCUUGUGCAUCCCCAAGUGUCACUAUCGAGAUAAAUGGAAAUAUAGUAGCACCAAGUGAACCCUCGGAAUGGAGGUGUCCGUCCAAUCGUUGUGAUAAAUGGAUUUCUUUUAAACAUGUUAACGGCCUUACAGUACGUGGGAGUGGAAUAAUUAGUGGUCACGGACACAAAUGGUGGGGUGUUAAUGACCGCAUGAAACCAACUGCUUUCGAAAUUUCACAUUCCAAAAACAUUAGUCUAAGCGGGCUGAGCUUUAAGGACAAUCCUCGGGUGCAUGUUAAUAUUGAGAGCUCGGAAUCUGCAAGAGUCUCAAACAUAACCAUAGAUGCCCCGGCAAAAAGUCCUAAUACUGAUGGUAUUCAUGUUUCAGACAGCAGAGAUGUUUCCAUUAAUAAUUGCCGAAUUGGAACUGGGGAUGAUUGCAUCUCAAUCGUUGAUGGAUGCUCCAAUCUGAAAAUCAGCAACAUAAUAUGUGGUCCAGGGCAUGGUAUAAGUAUUGGAAGUCUAGGCAAGCAUGGAUCUAAUGACAAUGUAGAAAAUAUUGUUGUCAGUGACGUCGUGUUCAUAAAAUCUACAAAUGGUGCUCGUAUAAAGACGUGGCAGGGAGGCCAAGGGCAAGCUAGGAAUAUCAUUUUUGAGAGAAUAUUGUCACAAGAUUCUUAUAACCCUAUUAUUAUUGAUCAGUUCUAUUGUGAUCAUGAACAGUGUACUGAACAUGAUUCAGCAGUAAAGGUUAGUGAUAUUAUUUUUAGACAGAUAGUUGGAACCUCCAAAGGUGAGUAUGCCGUGAAGCUGGAUUGCAGUGCGUCAGUUCCCUGCAUGGGUAUAUUAAUGGAGGAUGUCUACAUCCGCUCCUCAAGUUCCAAAGAUAAGGCUAGAUCAUAUACUAGUAAUGCACGAGGACUCGUUAGGGGUCAAAACAUUCCUCACACCCGCCUUUGAGAAUCAGGGGCAUAAAUUGCGAGGUCAACUUCAAGUUUCCACUACAACUGAUUUACACCUGAAUUCAUCAUAUAGCAUUGUUUAUCAAUAGUGGUUUCAGCAAUUGUUCAUAAUGUUAAUGUAGUAGUACUAAUUAGUUAUAGAAUGACAAUUUUU